AUGGCUCAUCCCAAAGACAACAAAGAUAAGCGGGGCCGUGGCCAUGGUCAAGGCCAAAGUCGCGAUGUUCAAGUCUCCAAAGCAUUGAGCUUGCUUCUGCGACAUGCCGCUGAGAAGGAGGGGCUGAAAAUGAACGCACAAGGUUAUGCGAGCGUGCCAGACGUGUUGAAUUGGAGGAAGCUCAAAUCGCUAAAAGUCACAUUCCCCGAGAUUCUAUAUGCCGUGAGCUCGUCCGAUAAAAAGCGCUUCGCCCUUCUUCACAUUCCAUCCGCGCGAGCCACCAAAUCCAGAACCCAAGCAUCAACAACACUAGUGACAACCCCCGAUGCAGAGCACGAAGCCGGCGCUAUCCUAGGCGAAGACCAGGCUACAACAUCCGUCCUGGAGUCUGCACUGAGCGAAGCGCAACAAACAGCCACCGACCAAGCAUUAGCCGUCGAAGAUACCGACCCGUCGAAUUUUUUAAUUCGCGCGACCCAAGGCCACAGCAUCAAGGCCGUAGAUGCUGCCUCUUUCCUCGAGCCGCUUUCUUUGUCCGAUGAAUCGAAACUACCCGAUACCGUCGUCCACGGCACGUUCCACGCGACUUGGCCUUUGAUUCUACAAUCCGGCGGACUACGCUGUAUGGGCCGGAACCACAUUCACUUCGCUACUGGACCUUCCUUAGAAUCAGUGCUUGCUAUUCACGCUGAUGCUGCGGGGGGUAAACCGAAGCUUGAUGACUCGCGCGUCAUCUCCGGUAUGCGGCGAGAUGCACAGGUUUUGAUUUAUAUCGAUGUGCGCAAAGCACUUCAAGCAGGGGUACCGUUAUGGCGCAGUGAGAAUGGCGUCAUUCUUAGUGAGGGCAUACCUCUCGUGGCGAGUGGGCAGGCAGAAAAGGGCGAGGCGGACAAGUUCGUCUCGCUGGACUUUUUCGAUGUGGUAGUGGAGCGUAAGGUCGGGUUGGGUAAGCUCUGGGCGAACGGGGGCGCUCUACAGGAACUUCCGGAGACUCUUACGAAGAGGAAUCCCAAGGCCCGGCGAUGA